CAUCCAAUUUUGUCCUCCACACCACUGCAGGUCCUGUUCUACCUCAACGGCUGGUAUUUUGCUUCCUACUUCCUUGCUGAGGGUCUGAUGUUUGUUUACAAAGGAUUGUUGUUACCAUACCCACCAGCUAGUCUCACGUUGGACGUUGGGCUACUUCUUGUGUUCCUUGGCUUGGAAUCCCUCCGAAUAUUUUACGGUUGGAAGGGGAACUUAACAGAGCGUUCUCUGGCCAUGUCAGUGAGUGUGCUGGUCCUGGUGCCAUGCACAGUGCUGUCUGUGUACUACCUGAUGCUGCAGACAUUCGUCCUGCGCCUGGAGUUCAUCCUUAAUGCUGUGUUACUCUGCUUCUACAGUCUGGAGAUGCUGCUGGGAAUCAUGUCCAUAUCUGCUUUCUCCAGGUCAAAGGUGUACUAAGGAAGACGAUUGCUGUAAUGUUCCCCAUCGUUUCAAGAGGAAUGGAAAAAAGGCUUUUCACCAGGAUUGUUAUGUGAACAUAUUUAAGUCCCACGUGUUGGAGUUUUUCUAUUUUUCUAUUGUCUGUUAAUAGCCGAAUAUUUAUAUUUUUGUAACGAUGAAAUGUCUUCUAUUUUAUUUUUUACCUGUUUUUGUAUCAACUGUCAAUCUUGUAUGGUACUAGCAACACUAAUGGAAUUGUCUUAUGAGGUUAUUCCGUCUUCUGUGCCUGAUAAUGGAAUUGUCUUAUGAGGUUAUUCCGUCUUCUGUGCCUGAUAAUGGAAUUUAUUUGUACAUUUUUUGUUGUUGUUGAUGCAGAGCACUAUAUUUCAUUAUUAUUUACUUUAAUAAAUACAAUUCCUCAUUCGUUCAUUCA